AUGUUAUUCGAAUACCCUCAACAACCUGCCUUUAUUUAAAAAUACGAACUCAUCAAACACUUUUUUGUCUAACUUCAAUAAGUAAGACAAUGUGAAUAAGGAUCCAAUCCAUCUUCAAAAGUUGAUAGGCAAUAAGAAUUCGAUAAAUAAAAUUCAAAAGCAUAAAUAACUGAGGAAUCCCUUAAGUAUGAUGAUUCAACAACUUCCAGACAAGUACCAAAACAAAGAAGAGCUGUCUAUAUCACAAAGAAAUCAGAAUAAAGAAAGUCAAAAGAGAUUGUCACUCUUCCGUAUAGACCAUCAGAUAUCAUGAUGAUUGAAUAAUAAAAAGAAAAAAUAGAUCAAUUUUGCUAGGAUAAUAAGAUACUCUACGAAAAUAAAAAAGAAUGCAUGUACAUCAUUAAGAGAGUGGCUAAGAUGAUUAAAAAACUAAAACAAAAAACAUGUCAAGAUCACUUGAAUAGUAUCGAGCAUUUCAUAAUUGAAAUUAAGAAUUAAGGAUGCUGA